AUGGGCGUGAGCACCACUGACUUACCCGCGCCACCCCACUCCGUCAACCUGUCGGGCUGCAUGGCUUCCUCCUCCUCCUCCGCCACCCCGUGGCCUCGGGCCGGCAAGGACCGAGGCGCCGCCACCGUCGUCCGGCGCGCGCAGCUCGUCCUGUCGCGCGACGUCGGCUGGUGCGGGCAACGCGCGUGGCGGAAGCUCCUCAGGCGGCUGGCGCAGGAGACCAAGUGCAUCUGCAGCUCCCCGUCGGCGGCGGCAGCGUCCAGGCCCAUCACGUUCGGCUACGACGCCGUCAGCUACGCCAAGAACUUUGACGACGACCGCAGCCCCGCCCCGCCCUGCGCCGCCGUCGUCGCCAAUGCCGCCGAUAAGUCGAGCGGCCACUGACUGGAUCGCCAUUAUUUUUUUCCCAUCUAGCCUUGAUCCCCUUCCGAUCUGCGGUCCUCGAAUGCUGAGUGAUCUGCCUAUCCUUUUUCUAUUUCUUUUCUUUUUCUUGCUUUUAUUUCUUUCUCUUUCUAGCAUCUCCUUGGUGAUGAUAUUGGUGUUGUAACGACCUCAUCAGUACCCGUACGUAUUUAGUAAUUUGCACAUAGAAUAUGGAGAUAACACGAGCGGAGUUUGGCCAAA